UACUCACACGCUUCGAAUCGAAGCCAGGGACCAUGGAAUACGUCCACAAGCCUCACAAACCGAUGUUGUUCUUAUUGUUGACGCUUCACCACCUGUUGGUCUGCACAACGACUUUUUGUUAGGCCUUGGACCAAAUGAUGGAUUAGUCAGCGGUGUUGGCGGACCUGGAAGUAGCCUGGGAAUGAGUCUUCUCGGCACAGAGACGAUGGUGAUAGUCUAUGUCAUUUCAGGUGUGGUUUUUGUCUCACUCUCCCUCCUCGUUGCUAUCAUUGUCUUCUGCCGACGCCUGAGAGCGCGUCAGAGCAGACUUCAGAGGCACUGGCAGCGGAGGCAGCAGCAAGGACAGUGGCAAAGCAGUGAGUCAAAGGUAAAUGGAUUCGUGGAGGUGAAUGCUAACACGAGGGAGAGCUUCCAGAAAACCCUAAAUGGAUACAAACCUGAAGGUAAGCGAUUUUUUUUUUCGUUUGUCGUCUGUUUUCACUGA